ACUCCCGCGACGUGGCUCAGGGAUCCUUCAAGGCGACAUUGAGGCUCAUCAGACUCGCUGGGGUUUGAAAUUUUGCUAUGGCGUUGCGGUUAUUUCGGAUGGUUGCGCCCGCGGGUGCAGCAGCUUUGAAAGUUGGUUCGCCUGUGCCGACGGGUCAAAUCCACACAAGUGCUGUCAGUAACCUGCGGUAUGGAUGGUGGGCUUAUGCUCUGGGCGAGAGGACAACCUCCCGCUUCAAGGAAAACAGCAAAAUAAUUUCCAUCGAUGGCAACUUAGCAUCUGGAAAAGGAGCACUUGCACAAAAAUUGGCAGAUAAAAUGGGGAUGCUGUACAUGCCAGAGCCAGACACACACUAUAUGGACAAAAUGAUGAAUGAGAAAGUUGCUCUGGAUAAAGCCUUCAAUGGAAACUGCAGUAUGGAGAAGUUCUACUUGGAGCCCAAAGCCAGUGAUGGUAACUCUUACCGCCUGCAGUGUUGGAUGUACCUUAUGAGGCUGCUGCAAUACUCUGAUGCUGUUGAGCAUCUCCUUUCAACAGGACAGGGAGUCAUCCUGGAACGAUCUCCAUUCAGUGACAUGGUAUUUUUGGAGGCCAUGUUCAAAGAAGGCUUCAUCCGCAAGCAGUGUGUGGAGCACUAUAAUGAGGUUAAGGGUGUCAGUCUCUGUGAGUUUCUGCCCCCUCAUCUUGUCAUCUAUGUGGACUAUCCUGCUGAAGAAAUCCAGAAGAAACUCAAGGCAUCAGGAAAGCCACAUCUCCAGAAUGUGCCUUUAAGCUACCUGAAGGGCAUUGAGACCGCAUACAAGAAGACCUUCCUUCCUAUAAUCAGGGAAGAGGCAGAGGUUCUUGCUUAUGACACAACCCAAGCCCAGGAUAUUGAAAGGAUUGCAGAGGAUAUUGAUGAUCUCAAGUUUGAGAAGGGCCCAUGGAUGGAGCAGGAUGACGUCACUUUCCACCAUAUGCGAAUGAUGGUGGAAGACAAGCAGAGGGUAGCCAAUAUGACCUGCAUCCUCAGAUAUCUCCCAGAAAUCACGAUUGGUGCUCAUGAGUUUGAUGCUGGUUACUUUGCUUUCAAAUCGCUCCCAGGAAAGAAAUAUGCUGAAGGUUAUAAUGAAGACAUUGGGGACAAAGGCAUUUGGCUUAAGUGAGAAGUACCAGCAUUGCUGAAGGGGAGGACAUCUGAAUGAGAGCCGAUUUCUCGUGAUAUUUGACCCGUUAAUCCACGUCCUAUGGGGAAAGACAAUGGAUAUUUUGCUCCUCUGCAGCUGAAGAUUUAAUUGUACAUUGCUAUUAAAGAAUAACUGUAUAUGUUGAAAAAAAACA